AUGGAAUCCAUCACACUGCCCAAGGGCACAUAUCCCCCUGUGAAACUUCCUUAUCCAUUCCUCACAACAUAUCGAAUCCAAAGAGUGUCGGAAGAGACGCCGAGGCUCAUCCUCACUCUUGAAGACCAACCAGCCAAAGGUCGCGCAUUACCACAACCAUUACAUUCAGAUACGCUCUCAUGGCUCGACUUGACGUUCUUGAGCGAAGAUGAACGUCCACCAAUCUCAGAUAACAGCCCCUGGGCUCGAGCACGCCGAUCCCCCUCGACGACCUUUCAAUGGGCAGGAGAUGCCCCGCCAUCCUUGGCGCAGAUCUGGAAUGUGGUCCACGCCAUCUACCUCACACAUCCCACGAACGAAUACUUCAGGCUCAGUCUGGUUGGAGAGGGCGCGAAUAUCAUCAGAGAUGAACUUUUGGCCACCGGGCUAGGAGUGCAGCAUCCGAAACCACGACAGCCCCAAGAUAAUACCGCUGCACAGCAAGGGGAUGGAGAGCUGCUGGUCCUCCGAAGCUCAUUCUGGCAGGGCGCGGCCUCACCAACUGGCCCACGUCCUAUCUGGGUGGUUGGGGAUGGCACUGACAAUCAUCUGAGGACACCAUUGUCUCAAUAUCCCAUCAUGCCCGAAAACUACCAGAUCACAAAUAGGUUUCCUGACGAGCCAGUAUACACCCGCCAUCCCGUUCGCCGGCCGAAGCCGCAUCCGGGGUCGAUCGCUUACAGCCGUUACAUCGUGGAAUGCGACAUGCACUUCUCACUCGAGGUCAUUGAUUGGCAGAACGACGAGCACUUAAGGCUCUUCAACACGUGGCAGAACGACCCACGCGUUGCCAAGGGAUGGAACGAGACCGGCACGCUGGAUCAGCACCGCGAAUAUCUGCGCAAACUACACUUCGACCCACAUGUCCUCUGCCUAUUCGGGAGGUUUGACGAGACUCGGUUCGCGUAUUACGAGCUCUAUUGGGCAAAGGAGGACCACUUCGGCGCACACUACGACGCAGGCCACUACGACAGGGGCCGCCACUCCCUGGUCGGCGAUGCUUCGUUCCGCGGCGCACGGCGCGUCAAUGCAUGGUACUCGAGCUGCAUCCACUACUGCUUCCUGGACGACCCUCGAACGGCGAACGUGGUCGGCGAGCCAAAGGCCAGUGGGCCCAUCAUCCUUUCAUAUGAGAACUCUCAAGGCCUUACCAUCGGCAAAUACGUCGACUUCGGCCACAAGCGAUCCGUGUACUCGACCUGCAGCAGGGAGAAGUGGUUCCAGCUGUGCCCACUGUUCUGGGAUGGGCGCGAGAGGCCGCUCGAGUCGGCGGACCGGGCUGCUUGGAAUGCAAAGCUUUAA